AUGCUAACAUGGCGGGGAAGCAGAACUGGUCGGUGAGCGAUACAACAUUUCUAAUCGAAACGUUAAAAGAACUCAAAAUUAUCGAACGCCUUGACGGUCGAAAGUGUAGGAACACGGAGUUAUUUAAACAAGUGCAUGAAAAACUGGAAGAAGCCGGAAUCCAUCGAACAAUUGAGCAAAUAAAAAAACGCUGGAAGAGCUUGAAAGCUAAGUACUACCAAGCUAAGAACAAGAACGGGAGAAGUGGCUCCGACCCCACCACUUUUUCAUUUUACGUGUUGAUGGACGAACUGAUGAGAGAUCGGCCACUGGCCAACACGACAGGCAGCGGUGUGGACCAAGGUUAUGAGGAGGAAUCUGAGGACUACAGCCCCGAAGCAAAUCCGGAACAAAGCAUCCUUUCCGAUGAUGAGUCCAGCUUUGAUGAAGCAGCUGACAGCAGCACACAACAAACAACAGUCCAAGAAACUUUCAACAGACGAGGACAUCAAGGAAGAGGAAGAUCUCCAGUUCCUCCCUACCCUCAGCAUCAAUACCCAGGUCAAAGCCGGUCUGCUCAAUUUCCUCAGAACCCAAGCUACAACUCGGAUUACCACCUCCAUGACCUAAACUAA